AGAAUACGCCGCUGAAGUGGACAUUUCCAGCCGCCUCAACAUGAACCUGGGCCUGGGCAUCGCCUUCUUCCAGGGACUCUCCAAUGUGGCCCUGAACUGUAUUGUGCUCGGCACCAUCUUUGUCGGCGGGUCCCUCAUGGCCGGACAAGAGAUGACGCCUGGGGACCUCAUGUCGUUUUUGGUCUCCUCUCAGACCGUACAACGGUCCAUGGCCAGCAUGUCGGUCCUCUUUGGACAGGUCUUACGAGGCAUGAGCGCCGGGGCGCGCAUCUUUGAGUUCAUGAACCUGACGCCGGAGAUCCCUCCGUGCGAGAGACAAGCGCUCACCUGCAGCAUGCUGACGGGCCACCUUGAGUUCCGCGAUGUGACCUUCAGGUAAGGGCGGAAGCUUCCCGGGUUAGGAAGGACGACGCCUCGAGUUCGAAGCGCGCCAUUUUUGGCGGAGUGGGGGG